AUGGGUGUCUUUCGUGCGGUUGUGUUAUCGGCUCUACUUGCCACAGUCUCCGUUGGCCAGGAUGCUAUAUCCGCUGACGGUACCAAUUUCACUUUAGCUGGUGACAACGUGUCGUACCUUUUCCACGUUGACACCGAGUCAGGCGAACUCAUCUCCGAUCAUUAUGGGGCGCCGGUUGACGACUUCACCCCACCAGCUUUUGUGCUGCCAUGGGGCUGGCACGACAACUUGGCGAACCUGCGGAGAGAGUUCCCUGAUGUCGGUCGGAGUGAUCCACGACUGCCUGCAAUUCAUAUUGAACACCCGGAUGGAGAUACUGUGACGGCUUUGCUUUACAAGUCACAUCAACUUGUCCAGGGCAAACCUGAACUACCUGGGUUGCCUGCCACUUACGGAAACGACAGCGAUGUUUCGACACUUCAGGUGCACCUGUAUGAUAAUGUGUCAGAUGUCUCGGCUGUGCUCUCUUACUCGAUAUUCCCCAAGUACAAUGCGAUCGCGAGGAGCUUCAGCGUCACCAACAACGGAACUGGAAAUAUCUCAAUCGAAAGAGCAGCAAGUUUCAGCACCGACUUUCCCAAUGUCGAUCUAGACAUGAUCGAAGUGCAGGGUGAUUGGUCGCACGAGUUUAACAGGGUCAAGAGGAAAAUUGAUUACGGGGAGACUACUUUCCGAAGCACUGAGGGGUUCGGUUCUCAUCUCCACAACCCCUUCUUCGCACUGGUAUCUCCUAGCACGACCGAAACUUCUGGUGAGGCCUGGGGUUUCAAUCUGGUUUGGACAGGCAGUUUCGAGGCGACAGCCGAGAGGUUCUCCAAUGGCUUUGUUCGCGUUCUCUUCGGGCUCAACUCGCUCCAUACAAGUAUCCAAGUCAAGCCCGGAGAGUCCUUCCAGUCUCCAGAGGCAGUAUCUGUAUACUCUGCAGAGGGUGUGAAUGGAAUGUCACGGUCUUUCCACGAUUUGUACAGGAACCACCUGUCACGUGGGAAGCAAACUCACAAGACACGACCCAUCCUGUUGAACUCUUGGGAAGGUCUUGGCUUCAAAUUCAACCAGACAUCCCUAGUCAGACUGGCAGGCGAAGCGGAGAAGCUUGGUGUCGAACUCUUCGUCAACGACGAUGGUUGGUUCGGUGUCGAAUACCCACGCCAAAACGACACACUUGGACUCGGAGAUUGGACGCCGAAUCCGCAGUACUUCCCCGAUGGUCUAGGCCCUUACGUGGCACAAGUUAACAACCUCACUGUUUUGAACUCUUCUCAGCCCAUGCAGUUUGGUAUCUGGGUCGAGCCAGAGAUGGUCGACCUGAACUCGACGCUGUACAACGAGCAUCCUGACUGGGUUCUUCAUGCAGGCAAGCACGCAAGGACGCUCACGAGGAACCAAAUGGUCCUCAACGUGGGUCUUCCAGAAGUCCAAGACUUCAUCAUCAACACUGUCUCGGGUAUCCUAGAUUCAGCCAACAUCCAGUACGUGAAGUGGGACAACAACCGCGCCAUGCACGAAUUGUCCCAGCCUUCCGAUUCAUACAACUAUAUUCUCGGUCUCUAUCGGGUCAUCAACAAUCUGACCACGCGCUACCCGGAUGUACUCUGGGAAGGCUGCGCCUCUGGUGGCGGACGUUUCGAUGCGGGGCUUCUCCAUUACUGGCCUCAGCACUGGACCUCAGACAACACAGACGCUUCGGACAGACUCACAAUACAGCUUGGCACGUCCCUGGUGUACCCGCCUUCCGCAAUGGGCUGUCACAUCUCGAAGGCACCCAACGGCUUCAACCAGCGCAACAUUUCCAUCGAAUUCCGCGGUCACGUCGCGAUGCAAUGCGGCUCCUUCGGGCUCGAGCUCAACCCGGAAGAGCUCACUGAGCACGAAGCCGCAGCCAUACCCUCGAUCAUGGCGGAGGCAAAGAAGGUCAAUCCAAUUGUCAUCUCUGGCGAAUUCUACCGCCUGGCGCUGCCCGACAACAGUGCUUGGCCUGCGACACAGUUCGUCUCUGAGGACGGCAGCGAGAGUGUCGUGUUUGCUUUCCAGCAGAAGUACACCGUGAAGCCUGCUGCGCCGGCCGUCAAGCUGCAGGGUUUGGACCCUAAAGCGAGAUACUCUAAUGACCUUGAUAAUGGCACGUACACUGGUGCGACGUACAUGAAUGGCGGUAUCAACAUACAGUGGGAUAGGGCGGAUUACCAGAGCAAGCUGAUAUGGCUGAAGAAGCAGUAG